CGCCGUUGCAACGAGCCAAGGGAACAAGAGCGAACUUCCACCGCAACAGGCUGUGCGAGGAAAAUGACUAUGGAAUGGGCACUCUCAAAAUUCCAAGAGGAGAAACUUCAGUCGAUGUUUUCCUUCUUUGUUCAGAGUGAGAUUGGCGUCGAAGAGGAGAAAUUCAACGAACUUCGCUGGAAAGUUUUAUAUAAGAACAUUCUCGACUUCACCGGCUGGACCGAGGAAUCGACAGAAGCGAAGCGAUGCAAGGGCGUGAUCGAGUGUUUCUUUAAGUCGAUGGUGGAGAAGUGCAACUUUCUACUCCAAGCGGAUAAAGAAGAAAAAAUUACAGACUUGUCCUCAGAGAACUGGUUCCGUACGUGGUCGCACCUGCUGCGCGGCAAGAAGGUGAUGGACGGAUUGCCAAUCUGGGUGACGGUCCUACCUAAGAUCCUCCUGGAAAUCAUCGACAGAGAUGGAGAUGGCGUGAUCAGUUUCGACGAAUUGAAGAGGUUUUACCAACAACUUCUCCCGAAGACCAAGAAUGUUCAAGAAAGUAUGAUGCUUUCAGCCUUUAACCAAAUGACUGAUAAAGGGACCUAUCACCUGGACAUCGACACUGUAGAACUGCUCUUCUCCAACUUCCUCAUCGGACAGACACCCUUCGCUCCGGGGAAAUACUUGUUCGGGUGUUACGGCACGGACGCUUCAACAACGCCAAAGAUCAAGAUUCUUCAAGAUUUCAACGAGGAGGUUGACGAACUAGACUCUACUUCGCCGCGCAAGGCCCUGAGCCCGACAACGAGGCUGAAACGUUCAGAGGUACCAAGACCAAGGCGGAAUUCCCUUCCGACAGGACUACUUGUUGGGAGUUAGAGGUCACGCCUGUGAUCGCGUAUGGCACAAGGACUUAGCAUCACUAUUUUGGCCAGAACUUGAAAUCCUAACGUAAUUAGAACUCGACCUUCAAAAUUAAAUUAUGGGACGCUGUUCUCUCUGGAAAUCAAAGAACAGACACCCACCCUCACAUUGUUCGGUAAAGUAAAAAUUUGUGGCAAUUAUAGCUGAUACCAUCUGCAAUGGAACAUAACUAGCUCGAUACCACAGGAAUUUGAGGCAAAAAGCCACAGGGCAUUUUUAAUUCGGCAAUUACGAAAUAUAAAUAAGAGGAUCAGUUGUUCUCUUAUCAGCCAAUUAACUCACGACAUGUCUCAAAUCCCAGUGUUCGAUAUCGCAGAAGUAGGUGGUCACACUUCACAGAACGCAUUGUACAAUACGCCUAUUUCAUUUUAAGACCUGCCUAACACGAUUUUGAACAAUGGGAUAGGCGUUCGCGUUGGCGUUGCUUUGUGAAAACUCCCUAUCAAAUCGCAACGCCAACGCCAACGCCGACACGAUCGUCCAUCCUCAGAGGUAUUCAAACAGGACCGCGUGCGUCCUCGAAAUCUCAAUACGAUUCCAAACCCGCAAUCAAAUAUGAAUUGUAUUAGUCUAUUUCUAAACAUUUGAUUGGAAUUAUUCGGAUCAAAGGAAUAUCAACGCGACACGAACCAGUAGCGAAUAUUUAACACACAAUUAUCUCUUUCGAUCACGAUUCCAAAUAGUUUACACGGGACAUCAGCUAAUGCUAAUGGCUUUUAAUCAUCAUUAUGGCUGACUAAUAGACGAUAGACGAUAGACGAUAAACCAAAAAUGAUGGC